CAGAUAGUAAAUGCAAAUGGCUGUCACGGUCGUGUAUGUGAGGAUGUCUCUCGUUCCCGCGUGUCCGAUAUGAGCGAGUGUGAAAUCGUUAAAUAUGAUUGAUACGUGAUAAUCGGUGUCGACGUUCGAGCACAAAAAAAAUAUUGUUUUACGUAGCGUAACGAUCACAUCGGUAUCAGUAAUACAGAGCACGCGGGAAAUCACUCGUGACGGAGACACGCGACCUCGGCAAGACCCGUCCGGUAACCGCGUCGAGACGGAUGAACGUAUGAUAUCAUAUGUAAUGAAUCGAUAGUUACAUGAUUCUGCGGAUCGGAGCACGAAGAAAGCCCACGCCAGAUGGUCGUUGCAUUUUUCUCGAUAAUAACCGCUCAACGAUAGCUACAUAUUAGAGAGCGGGUAUAUUCGGUUAGUAAACUUUAAAGAAAAUUCAAAUAAGAUGCCGGCAGUCAGCGUUUGCGAUCCUAUUGCGGCUAGGCUUCAUUGCGCUUUGAACAGCAAUCCCUCUAAAACAACAGAUGAUCUGUCGAUUGAAUUAGUCAGCAACGCAUCUAGAAUUAUGCAAACGGAAAUCCAUUAUGAAGAACUAAAAGAUUAUAAAGCGACAAGUCAAGUGCAGGCUAAUUGCAACAUUUUUCUCAAUCUAUCCCCUUCUGAGAAGUUAGAGGAAAACAAAGUGAAAGAUGGCGUGAAUUAUAAGAAGAAGAAUGAUACGAAUAAAGGACCGGUCUUGCCAGAACCGGCUGUCACUUUGUAUUCUCCUAAAAAAGUUCAUCUUGGAUGGAAAGGUACAUUUCCAGUCGGAGCGGGCAUGUACAAUGUCGGAAACACUUGUUAUCUGAAUAGUACUCUUCAGGCAUUAUUUCAUGUUCCGGCUCUUGUCAACUGGCUGCUGUCCGAUCCACAUCACAAUUCCAAGUGCGAACAGAAUGAUGGCGGCGGGGAAUGCCUUACAUGCGCAGUGGCCAAGACUCUGCAGUUCAGCCAUCAGAAAUCUGGAGGUGCGAUCAAGCCGUUUUACAUAUAUAAUAAACUAAAGCUCAUUUGCCGAACUAUGGUGCCUGGACAACAAGAAGAUGCUCAUGAAUUUCUACGUUAUUUAUUGGAAGGGAUGGAACGCGCGUAUUUGACUAGGCAUAAAGCAACUAAAUUGGAUAGCUAUUCUAAGGAAACAACACCUAUUAACCAAAUAUUUGGUGGCUAUAUACGUACUGAAGUAAAGUGCCUGCAGUGUCAUCACGUGUCUACUACAUUUCAACAUUUUCAGGACUUGCUUGUGGAUAUACGCAAGGCCAAUACAUUGGACGAAGCAUUAAAUAGUUACUUCAGUAGAGAACAAUUGGAUAACAAUGAUUAUAAAUGCGAAGCCUGCAAAAGAAGAGUUCCUGCCACCAAACAAUUCACUUUAGAACGCCCGCCGAAAGUAUUGUGUGUACAGUUGAAACGAUUUAGCGUUUUAGGCGGGAAGAUAUCUAGACACAUCGGUUUUAAACAGACUAUAGACAUGGGUCCGUACUUGUGGAGGGAACCGGGAGAAUCCCCCAAGCAGCUCACGUAUAAACUCAUGUCGAUGGUAACGCACAUGGGCCCCUCCGUGAACUGCGGUCAUUAUACGGCGGUCGCGCAAGUAUCGAGCGGUCAAUAUUAUACCUUCGAUGAUUCCCUCGUUCGUCCAAUAAGCCUUAAUAAUAUAUUAAGUACAAACGCAUACAUUAUGAUUUUCGAAAUGGAGAAUUACAGCCAGAAUCAACAGACUGCGAAAGUGAACGGCACGACAUCCGCGAAGAAUGUGUCGACUUCGCUACCUAGCUUUACAAAUAAAUCACUCGUAUCCAAAGCGUCGACGUCCGCGGGAUGCUCCGCGAACGGUUCGUCGAGCGAAUUGUCGCAUGACGAUUCGAGCAAACCAUUGAUCGGUCCGCAAUUGCCGCCGCAAAGAAGCAUAGAAUUAAAUCUUCCUCUACAGAAGUCCAGCGACGCCGUUAACGCGCAGUCGCUUCAGAAAAUGCAAGAGAAGUCGCAGCCGAAGUUGGUAUUGCAUAUUAAGAAGCUUACGAACGGAAACAGUUUGGUGCCGUACGAUGGCUCCAGCGAGGAGGAAGAUAAUAAUUGUCUCUCUGGAACGGGGACUCCAAAGAAUCAAACUACAAAUACCUUAUCACGAAUUAACGCCACGAACGGUGUGCCAAAAUAUCCCGUUGCGAAGGAUGCAUCGAAAGUUAUCCCCACUUCCAAGGAAACGCAAAAAAUCAAUCUCAAGACGAACGGCGUAUCGACGACGACAAUGACGACGCAAGCUACGAUUGUACAAUGUGCAAAGGCGCAAAAUGGAUCCAACAGCAAUGGACGGAUUAGUUUGCUGAAGCAUCAGAACGGGAAAACGGAAACGAACGGCCAGUCGGAACAGCGCGACAAGGAUACGUGGCAUCAAUCCGUCAGAAUUAAAAAUGGACAAGAGGAUAUAAUACCCACAAAGGCGAGUAGCAGCGUCAAGAACUGGCAAGGUUCUAAGAAUACAUCCGCCACGUACACUGGAACAUCCAAUGGAUGGUCGCUAUCGGAUAACAGGGAAGACGUUAAGUCAAAUCAAAGUACAACACCGAGCGCUGCGGCCGUGCGUGAUUUUAACGGCACCAAUCGCUCGGAUACCCUUUCACACUUGCAGAAAAUGUCGCACCGCGGAUACGGCAAUUCCUCAGUAACGAACUGGAACGGUAACAGAACGCAACUCGACCGCGACGUCGCUAGCGACAAACGGGAUGAGCGCAAACGUCACUACAACUCGGACGACAGCAUGAUAGAUAAACCUCGGCCGAAGAAGAGCAAGGACCACAAUCGCCGAUACGAGUCUACUGCGAAGUAUAAUUCAUUCCAAGAUUUCCAAAACCAAAAGUACGGCAAAACCUAUCGAUCGAUAGGAAUAGGGUAUAAUAAUAAUCGAAGAUACAACUAUUACAAUACUUCCUAUGCGCGAUCGCGGCAUGGGAACAACUACAGACAACCUCCUCAUUUUAGAUAUCACUCACACAACAGAUUUGUAUAGAUAUCGCUCUUGCAAAUGUAUGUAGGUACCCUGCUCACUCUCGCACUCAUCGGCGGCAUGUGCGCGAGGGUGAAGGAGUUUAGGAACUGUAUCAACAAUAUUCAGUGGGCGAGCGCGUUUUAAUGAACUGUAUAAUCGAUUCUCCCUUGCUAAAAAAAAAAA